GUUAGCGUGAAACUGUGCUAGCGGAAGUAGUUCUCUACAACUGCGGGCCGAAAAGAAAACAAACAGGCAACGCCACGAUCGGGACUUGAUCACAAGAGAAGGAUGGCUUCAUGUAGUACAAGCAAUGAAGAUGAGCGCAAGCUGCGAGAAUGUGAGGUCUAUGUUCAGAAGCACAACAUUCAGCAGGUGCUCAAAGACUGCAUUGUCCAGCUGUGCACAGCCCGGCCCGAACGACCGAUGGCAUUCCUCAGGGACCUCUUUGAGAGACUGGAGAAGGAGGAGGUCCAGCAGAUGACGUUACAUCAGAAGUCCAUGGACUCCCGUGAAGAGGAAGUUUCUCCACCAAUGAAUCCUGUGGUGAGGGGCAGGAGCAGGAGAGGGGCCAUUAGUGCUGAGGUUUACACGGAGGAAGACGCUGCUUCCUAUGUCAGAAAGGUCAUUCCAAAAGACUACAAGACUAUGGCAGCUCUGGGUAAAGCCAUGGAGAAGAACAUCCUCUUUGCCCACUUAGACAGCAAUGAGAGAAGUGACAUAUUUGAUGCCAUGUUUUCUGUCAACUACAUUGCUGGAGAAACAGUCAUCAUUCAAGGUGAUGAGGGAGACAACUUCUAUGUUAUUGACCAGGGAGAGAUGGAUGUGUAUGUGAACAAGGACUGGGUGACCAGCAUUGGUGAGGGUGGCAGUUUUGGCGAGCUCGCUUUGAUCUAUGGGACCCCUCGAGCAGCUUCUGUCCGUGCUAGGUCCAAUGUCAAGCUGUGGGGCAUCGACAGAGACAGUUACAGGAGAAUACUCAUGGGGAGCACACUAAGAAAGCGCAAGAUGUAUGAGGAGUUCCUGAGCAAAGUUUCGAUUUUAGAGUCUUUGGACAAAUGGGAGCGCCUGACUGUUGCUGAUGCCUUGGAGACAGUGCAGUUUGAGGAUGACCAGAAAAUUGUUAUGCAAGGAGAGCCUGGUGACGAGUUUUUCAUUAUCUUGGAGGGGACAGCAGCAGUGCUGCAGAGGCGGUCGGUGGAUCAGGAGUUUGUGGAAGUUGGCAGACUUGGACCAUCAGAUUACUUUGGUGAGAUUGCCCUACUGAUGAACCGGCCUCGUGCCGCCACUGUUGUUGCAUGUGGACCCCUCAAGUGUGUCAAACUGGAUCGGCCACGGUUUGAGAGAGUCCUUGGCCCCUGCUCAGACAUCCUAAAGAGAAACAUCCAGCAGUACAACAGCUUUGUUUCCCUCUCUGUCUGAGCCUCCUUCCUCUUGUGUCAGAUACACCGACAGAGGUCUGGUUCAUUUUGUAUUUUACCUCUCUUUCCAAUGUACUUGGAACUGCCUUGUUACAAAAAGAUUUACUACUACUUGGUACUUGGGAUACCGUUCAUAGCUUUGCAGGAGUUGCUCUAAAUUAUUAUUUUAUAUAUAGUAUUGCUAUGGGCAGAAACCUCACUUCUCCUAAACCAGCAUUUUUUAGGAAACAAAACAAUUGCAUGUUUGUUAAGCCACAUUAGCACAUCAAGUUUUUUUUUUUAUAUAGCCCUUAAUCACAAAACAUAAAGGGUUAUAAAGGAACCUCACAAGCCUACAGUUACAGAGUUCACCAUCCAAUGGUCUAAUGAAAAUUUCCUAAAACCUGUUUUGGAAAAAAGAAGGAACCUUGAGAAGGGAAAUCAGAAGAAAUAAAAGCUAUUCAAUGUUAGUUUGAAUGUUAAAAAUUGCUCAUAAAAUCUAAAGCAAAAUGUUAAAGCAUAUCUCGGGACAAACUGUUCUAGGAUUGAGAUAGGAUGAAAUAAUCGGCUUCAUUGUUGUGUUGGAAUUUGAUGUUAAAUAUUAUUAACACACUUGGAAACACUGCUUGCAAAGCCAGAAAAAACAUACGAGGCCUGGCAACUCAAGUAUGUUAUUGUGUUUUUAUUAUUGGUGUUUAUUAAAAGAUGUGAUAGUUUCA